GGAAGCUGGGAAGAGGCUAGGAAGAGAAACAACCGCACUAUUAACAAAAGCUCAGUCUUGUCCCUGAGGACCGACCAGCAGAAGGAAAGGGCGAGCGGUGGCGCUCAGCCAGGGAGCUUGGGCUCCCUGCAAACAGUUGGAGGCAUCCUGAUCAUGUCCUUCUCAGGAGGAGUCCUGAAGCUCGGCGCUGGAGAAGUUUUCAAAGCCACAGCAGCAGCCUGGGAGCAGAGCAGCAACUGGAGUGGAGCGUGUGUGCGCGUGAACUUCGGUUCUAGGGUGGUUUCUUUUUUUUUUUUCCUGAUGUUUGGGUUAAUGGAUUUUUAGUACAAAGAAAACUCAAACUCAGCUGACCUGAAAGACUGGAAUUUCAGCUCUCUUUCUUCCCUGGGAUAUUUUUCCUCCCCCUUCCUCUCUAAGCCCUUUAAACCAGAUUACUGGGUCAGUGACUCUUAUUCAGCUCGCCAGCUCCAAGGUUUCCAGCUUGUUUGGCUUGGAAAGGAAAACCACUACCUGUUAGAAAAGCACUUGGGAGACACAUUCAUCUGGCCUGCGCUGUCAGGAGCCAUCAGCGAGUUUUAUUAAACGCCUGGGGAUCGCCUGAAAGACCUCCUUGUCUGAGCCUGCAAUGAAAGGGGCGCGGUAAGAUCUGGGGGCACGCUGUCGGGACCCCUGGUCCUGCCCCUCGGCCUGUGAGUGACACCCAGGAGGAAGCGGGCGCCCUUCUUUGUGCAACGGACUUUCUGGUGGCCAGAAGCGAGUUGGCCCUGGCAUGAGCUCUCCAGGUUGGGGCGGGCCCCGAGCCCUGCUGCUCCUGCUGCUCCUGGAUGGGGCUGCGCCCACCUUCAUCAGCGUGAACCACGGGCUGAGGGUGAUGAAGGGCGGCUCGGCCUUCCUGUCGGCGGAGGACCUGAAGUUUGCCGUCCCCAGGGAGAAAGACAACUGCAAAGUGGAAGUUGUGAUGCAUGAGCCCAUAACCCAGAGAGUUGGGAAACUCACUCCCCAGGUCUUUGACUGCCACUUCCUUCCUAACGAAGUGAGGUACACUCACAACGGCUGCCCUAUUCUCCAUGAGGACACCGUGAAGCUCAGGCUGUACAGAUUCACUGAAACAGACACCUUCACGGAGACCUUUCUCCUGCGGGUCUACCUCGUGGAACCAGACUGUAACAUCAUCCGGAUGAGGAGCCGCGCGCUGCAGGUGUCCGAGUUCCACGGCCUGUCCCGAGCUAUCGAUAAGAACCUGCUCCAGUUUGAUUAUGACAGGACGGCUGGCCUGGAGUGCACAGUAAAGUUGGACCCUGUGGACACUCAUCUGCCAGCCCACGGCCAGAUGGUUGUGGUGGAGCCUGGACCAGAAGGACCGCGUGGAGAUCAGCCACACAAUUUUUUCCCCGAGUCUCAACUAGGGACAGAACUGAAAUGUCCAGGCAGAAGCUGUACCCUGGGACUGAAGAAAAUAGGAAGUCUCAAGGUGAGCUGUGAGGAGUUCCUGCUGAUGGGGCUUCGCUAUCAACACGUGCAACCCCCUUCUCCCGACAUCGAUUAUAUCUCCAUCCAGCUCGACCUCACGGACAGCAGGAGUAAAAUUGUUUACAAGUCAGAGAGUGCAUGGUUGCCCGUCCACAUCAGAGCUGGCAUUCCGAACCAGAUUCCAAGGGCUGCGUUCAUGUCCACGUUUAUUCUGGAAGUGGAUCAGUUCAUCCUGACCUCUUUGACUACAUCUGUUCUGGACUGUGAAGAGGAUGAGACCCCUAAACCAUUGCUGGUGUUCAACAUCACAAAAGCCCCCCUCCAGGGCUACAUCACUCACCUCAUGGACCACUCCCAACCUAUCUCCUCCUUCACCUGGAGACACCUCAGUGACAUGCAGAUUGCUUAUCAGCCACCAAACAACAGCCACUGGGAGAGGAGACAUUUUGAGGUGGAGCUGGAGCUGUAUGACUUUUUCUUUGAAAGAAGUGCACCCAUCACGGUCCACAUCUCCAUCAGAACAGCAGAUACCAAUGCCCCACGAGUGUCCUGGAAUACGGGUCUGAAUCUCCUGGAGGGGCAGUCUCGGGCCAUCACCUGGGAACAGUUCCAGAUUGUUGACAACGAUAACAUUGACGCCGUCCAGUUGGUCACCGUCGAUGGUCUGCAGCAUGGACGGCUUACAGUUAGAGGGGGGAAAGGAUUUCUCUUCACUGUGUCAGACCUUCAGGCUGGCGUGGUCCGCUAUCACCACGACGACAGUGACUCCACCAAAGACUUUGUGGUCUUCAGGAUAUUCGAUGGAUACCACAGCAUCCGUCACAAGUUUCCUAUUAACAUUCUACCCAAAGAUGACAGCCCCCCAUUCCUCAUAACCAAUGUUGUCAUUGAGCUGGAGGAGGGGCACACCGUCUUGAUUCAGAGGUCCAUGCUAAGAGCCUCGGACAUGGACUCCAGCGAUGACUAUAUCUUCUUUAAUAUCACAAAACCCCCGCAGGCUGGAGAGAUCAUGAAGAAGCCAGGGCCAGGGCUGAUAGGCUAUUCUGUCCCUGGCUUUCUUCAGAGGGAUUUACUCAAUGGGAUCAUUUACUAUCAUCACUUUGGUGGAGAAAUUUUUGAAGAUUCUUUUGAAUUUGUCAUGUGGGACAGCCAUGAACCUCCAAAUCUCUCAGAGCCACAGGUAGUGAUGAUUCAAGUCGCUCCUGUGGAUGACCAGCUUCCGCAGGAGACUCCUGGAGUUUCUCGGCAUUUGGUUGUCAAGGAAACAGAGGCGGCCUACAUAACUAAGAAACAUCUACAUUUCCUAGACCCAGAAUCACAUGACGGGGAGCUGCUGUACACAAUAACAACUCCUCCAUUUUUCUCCUUCAGGCACAGACAUUUGGAUGCUGGGAGGCUAUUCAUGGUGGACAGCAUACCAAAGCUAACUAAAAACCCUGCAGCCUUGGGACUGAAGUCAUUUACUCAGCAUGCUGUGAACUAUUUGAAAGUGGCCUAUAUGCCGCCCAUGGAAGAUAUAGGCCCCUAUCCUCGGCAGGCCCAGUUCACAUUUUCCAUCAGUAACCAACAUGGUGGCACUUUGCAUGGAAUCUGUUUUAACAUUACGAUUCUCCCAGUGGACAAUCAGGUUCCCAAGGUACUCACCAACCACCUGAGAGUGACUGAAGGAGAUCACGGAGUCAUCAGCCCAGAGCACGUUCUGGUUUCCGACAUGGAUACCCUGCUGGAUGACAUCCGCUUCUCCCUGCAGGGGCUGCCUCUACAUGGAAGGGUGGAGCUAAAUGGAUUUCCUCUAAACUCAGGGGAUACAUUUUCUUGGGAAGACCUCCAGUCCUUAAAAGUUAGGUAUCAACAUGAUGGAUCUGAAAUUCUUCAGGAUGACAUAUGCUUACAGGUCACAGAUGGCACAAACUGGGCAGAAUUUGUUCUACAUGUUGAGGUAUUCCCUGUAAAUGAUGAGCCACCGGUCCUAAAGGCUGACCUCAUCCCCAUGAUGCAUUGCUCUGAGGGCGGAGAGGUGGUCAUCACUCCUGAAUACAUUUUUGCUACUGACAUGGAUAGUGAUGACUUGAAACUGAUGUUUCUGAUUGUCCGAGAACCCCAGCAUGGGGUGGUGAGGAAGGCAGGAGUCAAAGCGGACCACUUCUGUCAGGGAGAUGUUCUCUCAGGGGCUGUGACAUACAAGCACACAGGUGGCGAGGUUGGCCUGGUGCCUUGUUUGGACACCGUUAUGCUGGUGGUUUCGGAUCAGGAAGCUGGCCCUUUUGUAAAUGGCUGCUGCUACAAUGGACCUAAUCCAUCUGUUCCUCUCCACGAGUCCUUUCCAGUGUACGAGCUCAGCAUCACAGUAUACCCCGUGGACAAUCAGCCACCGUCCAUUGCAAUAGGUUCCGUGUUCGUUGUAGAUGAGGGGUCCUCGGCAGCCCUUACCAUUAACCAUUUGUCUGCCACUGACCCUGACACUGCUUCAGAUGACUUGGAGUUUGUUUUGGUUUCUCCUCCCCAGUUCGGCUAUCUUGAAAACACACUCCCUUCUGUGGGGUUUGAGAAAAGCAAUAUGGGCAUAAGUAUAGCUUCCUUUCAGUGGAAAGACAUGAAAGCUCUGCACAUUAAUUAUGUGCAGUCCAGGCAUCUGAGGAUAGAACCCACGGCUGACCAGUUCGUGGUGCGUGUCACAGACGGGAAACGCCGCUCCCCGGAGGCACCGCUUUAUGUUAUGAUCAACCCCACCAAUGAUGAAGCUCCUGACUUCGUAGUACAGAAUAUUACCGUGUGCGAGGGUCAGAUGAUAGAGCUGGACUCGUCCAUCAUCAGCGCUGGUGACCUUGAUGUCCCCAAGGACUCCCUACUGUUCAGCGUUACUCAUAAGCCCCGUCACGGCCUCCUUGUCCACGGGGUGUUCCUCAAAGACUCGCUUCAGAAUAAGCAGCUGGCCAGCCCUGAAAGGACACACGAACUAGUUCACAACUUUUCCAUGGACCUUUUCAAGUCUGGAAUGAGGUUGACAUACAUGCAUGAUGACUCGGAGAGCCUUGCCGAUGACUUUGCCAUCCAGCUGUCAGAUGGGAAGCAUAAGAUACUUAGGACCAUUUCAGUAGAGGUUACCCCGGUUAAUGAUGAGAAGCCAACACUGAGCAAGAAGGCUGAAAUUGUGAUGAAUAUGGGCGACACUCGUAUUCUUUCUAGUGCUGUUCUUUCUGCCAUAGACAAAGACUCACCUAGGGAGAAGAUUUACUAUUUAUUUGAAAGCCUUCCCCAAAACGGGCAACUUCAGCUUAAGAUAGGGAGGGACUGGGUCCCCCUCUCCCCGGGCAUGAAGUGCACUCAGGAGGAAGUGGAUCUGAACCUGCUGAGAUACACACAUACUGGGGCUGUGGAUUCACAGAAUCGAGAUCGCUUCACCUUCUACCUCUGGGAUGGUGACAACAGAUCACCUGCAUUUGAUUGUCAUAUCGUCAUCCAGGACACGGGAAAAGGUGAUAUUGUCGUUCUUGCAAAGCCACUUGUGGUGUCUAAAGGUGACAGAGGCAUCUUGACGACGGCCACUCUCCUGGCUGUGGAUGGAACAAAUAAGCACGAGGAGCUGCACUACGUCAUCACCUCCCCACCGCAGCAUGGCCGGGUGGAAUACGUCCACUCUCCCGGAGUCCCCAUCACGCACUUCAGCCAGACGGACAUAGCGGGACAGAGAGUCUGCUAUGCACACACGAGCAAGGCGGCCGCCCCCAGUGACAGCUUCGGAUUCCUCAUCAGCAAUGGACUGUGCACCAAGCAUGGGGUGUUGGAGAUCACACUGGAGGCUGUGGACAGAGCUUUGCCAGUGGUGACUAGGAACGAAGGGCUGAGGCUGGCCCGAGGGGCCAUGGGUCUGCUUUCCCCCGACCUCCUCCAGCUGACCGACCCUGACACGCCUGCAGAGAACCUCACCUUCCUCCUGGCCCAGCUCCCGCGGCAUGGCCAGCUCUACCUUCGGGGCACGGUGCUGCUUCCACACAGCUUCACGCAGUGGGACGUGGACAGCAGGAACGUGGCCUACCAGCACUCUGGAGGUGACUCGCAGGUCGAUCGUUUUACCUUUGUGGCCACCGAUGGGACAAACCAAGGCUUCAUUGUGGAUGGGAGAGUCUGGCAAGAUCCGGUUCCCUUCACUAUUCAGGUGGACCAGUUGGACAAAACAGCACCCCGAAUCACUCGCUUGCAUUCCGCUUCCCAAGUGGGGCUCCUCAAAAAUGGCUGUUACGGGAUUUACAUCACUUCCCACGUGCUGAAGGCAUCAGACCCUGACACCGAGGAUGACGAGAUUAUCUUUAAGAUUUUACGAGGCCCACUACACGGACACCUGGAGAACACAACAACAGGUGAAUUAAUCUGUGAGAAAUUUAGCCAGAAGGACUUAAACAGUAAGACCGUUCUUUACAUCGUAAACCCAUCUUUGGAAGUGAAUUCGGAUAUCAUGGAGUUUCAAAUCAUGGACCCCGCAGGGAAUUCUGCUGCUCCUCAAAUUUUGGAACUGAGGUGGUCUCACGUUGAAUGGUCGCAGACAGAGUACGAGGUCUGUGAGAAUGUGGGCGUGUUGCCCUUGGAAGUGACCAGGAGGGGCUGUACCAUGGAAUCUGCCUUUGUGGGUGUAAAGGUCAACCAAGUGUCAGCUACAGUUGGAAAAGAUUUCUCUGUGACCCCAUCAAAACUGAUUCAGUUUGACUCAGGAAUGUCAACUAAGAUGUGGAAUAUAGCAAUUACCUAUGACGGAUUAGAGGAAGAUGAUGAGGUCUUUGAAGUAAUUCUGAACUCCCCUGUGAAUGCAGUUCUUGGCACGAAGACAAAAGCUGCAGUGAAAAUUUUGGACUCAAAAGGAGGACAGUGCCAUCCUUCAUACUCCUUCAGCCAAAGCAGGCACAACGCACCGGAGAAGGGCAUUUGGCAGCCGCUGUCCCCGGGGUCUUCCUCACCCACCACUUCUGGCUCCCUGCAUCUGGAAAGAAGACCCCCUCCAUCUUCCAAGCAGCUACCAGUCACCAGGGGAGACACCCUGUGGGGCUUUGAUUCUGCAGCUCUUUCUCGAAGGAAGCUUGGGACCCGUGGGAAUGGCAAAGUGGUUCUCCCAUCCUCUGUGUACAGAAAUGGAACAGACACCAUCUACACUUAUCAUGGGAUGGUUUCCUUGAAACUGGAAGGUGACAAUUUCCCAACUCACAAAAGGAAGGUCAAAGUCGCCACCCUUAGUGAGCCGCAGAAGACAACACAGGUGGCAGAGCUGCCUCAAGCAGAUAAGGUGGAAUCCACACCUGACUCACACUUCCCCAGACAGGGCCAGCUGCCCUCCUUCCCGAAGAACUGCACUGUGGAAUUAAAGGGGCUCUUCCAUUUUGAAGAAAGCAUCCAAAAGCUAUACCAAUGCAAUGGGGUUGCCUGGAAAUCCUGGAGCCCCCAAACCAAGGAGUUGGAAGACAAAUCCUGCCCAGCUGGAUGGCACCUUCACUCAGGCUACUGUCACACCUUGAUCACAGAGCAGAGAAGCACCUGGAACACAGCUGCCCAAAGUUGCAGGGAACAAUUUCUGGGCAACCUUGUAACGGUGUUCUCCAGGAAACACAUGCAGUGGCUCUGGGACUUCAGUAGGAGGAAGCCCUUUUGGAUAGGUUUGAAUGACCAAGAGCACGCUGGCCGCUGGGAGUGGAUUGGUGGUGAAGCCGUCCCUUUCGCCAUUUGGAAGAGAGGACGCCCUCAACACUCCAAGUUUGGCAGGAACUGUGUUUUGGUUCAGAGACUAUGGAAAUGGCAAGCAAAGCACUGUGGGAAAGGCAAAGCUUACCAUUUUGUGUGCUCUAGAAAACUCUAGGUGUACCUGGCUCCGCGGGUGCCUGCCUGAGAUAUCUCAACUAUUUAUUAACAAGAUUUAUGAAUAUCGCACCAUAGAAAGCAAAUCAUCAUGACUGAAUGGGUACACUUUUAUGACUCUAUCUCAUAAGAAUAGAACCUAGAGUAAUAAUUCCAGGAAGGCUAUUGUAAGAUGUGUUUAUUCCAGAAGACCUGCAUACUCACCACACCCCAAAUCUCAGACAGCACCAAUCUUCCAGUCCUUGGAUGUGUUUUAUUUCCAUUACCUCGAAGGAGCCCAUUCUGAAGUCUGUACUGUCGGUGCUAUUACCAUUUCAGUAUAGGUGAAGCUCACCCUCCUGGUUCAUUAAACCGAGGUUGAGUUGCAAAUGGUUUGUUUAUCCCUUGGCACCUUUUAAAUGUGAAACCUAAAAUCAGAAGCUGUGGAUGGAAAGGAGAAUUCUCUUUCUGAUGGAAGAAUCUUAGAGAUAGAGGUUCAAAACUGCAAAAGUGAGAAUUCAGGAAGCGUCCCCCCCAUUACCCAUUAUCAGUAUGAAUGCUGGCAUUGUGCCACUCGAAAGCUAAAGAUUGGGUUUCUCCAGAGUCAUGAAAAACUUUAAGUAACAUAAUCUCUUCAUCUUCAUCAGCAUUUAUUAUACUGACUAGCAUUUCUCAAGGACAUAUGGAGUAAGGGGUAACAGUGGGAAUGAUGAUUGGCAUAUGGAAGAAAAAUAUUGCUUUUUUAGAAGCAUCCCAUGAGCUAUGCUGAUGAAUAAAGAAAAAUAAUACAGAGAAGAGCUAUUAAACACAUAUUCACUCAGAAUUGUGUUGCAAUUUGAGCUUUUAAAUCUAUUAUUUUCAGAAAUUCUGUGUUAACUGGAUUCUCUAAUGGAAGGGGAUCUUAUUAACUUAUAAACUUAGCUGCACAAAAUAUUUUUGCUGCAAUAAAGCAUAUUGUAUCCUACACAGAAUGCCUCACUGACCUGAAGGUUUAAUCAUAGGAAAUCAGAACUUUAUUUUUGAGAUGUUUAUUAAAGAUUUUCCUCAUUUUAUAAUCACUGAAAAAUAAAGUUGUACCAAAUGUAACUUGCUAUAUGAGUGUCAGUGUAACUUCAGAAUUAAAACUGGAUUAUGGGGGCUGAGGAUUUAGCUCAGCGGCAAAAGCGCCUGCCUGGCAAGCGCAAGGUCGUGAGUUCGGUUCCCGGUACCGGAGAAAAACCACAAAAAAAAUAAAAUAAAAUAAAAUAAAAUAAAAACUGGGUUAUGUAGUAGACUAGGGCUUUGGUGCAAGUCUUUUUUUAUAAUAAUACCUUGAGUGUUGUAGACACUAAAAGUGAUUUAAGAAAAUCAUUCUAGAUUCUGGAUAUAAAAUAUGAUAGGCUUGUCUUAUUUCUGUUCAUUUGUUUUAUAUCUGUUCCCUAUCAAAGUUUUGAUUAAUGGAAAAUGUUACAUAGAGAGGUACAUAAGACUCAAACCUUUUGUCUCUUAAAUCUAAAUGUAUAGUAAUUGCAGAGUCUGGAGGCUCCUUACCCUAACUAUCCGAGGUCGCCUUUAGGUUGGUAUAAUGCGCAGGUUUUCUGUGCAUCCCUGGGUGUACAACCAAAUAUGCCAAGCCUGCCCUCUAAAUUAGCUCUAGGACAAUUCCCUGUGACCCACUGACUUCAGCAGUGCCCAAAGGUGGGAUUUAUUAUAAAGCAAAGAAGGAUUAUAUCCUAGGAGGAAAGUAAAAGGUCAAGAAAUUCAAGGGCCACAGCUUGUUACUGAGAUUCUAAAACUCUGAAAACUAUUUAGAAUUUGAAAGCUAUGUCUACUUGGUUGUGUAGAACUUGGUUGACAUGGUAAAUCUAUAACUCUUUUCUGCAAUUAAAAUAGCACAACUAUAAUUGCGAGUGAUGGCAUGCAAAAAAGAAAGCUUUAAGUUCUAUGACAAUUAGAAACUAGAAGAAUAUUUUAAAAUAUUCCUGAUCGUGACAAUAGUAACUGAGGAAAUCCAAGUAACUGAAAGACCUUGCAAAUUUAGGCAACUGGUUCUGAGUCCUAGGCAAUGUUCAGUAUGACUUUCCCACUCUAUCGCAGCUGAGGUUGGACUCAGGAAAAGAGGUACACGGUUGUCAAAUAUUCCCUCUAUCCUAAUUGGUCAUUCAUACACUUUUGGUUCUGAUAGGAAGAAGAAGGAAGGAAAGACAGAGAUGAGCAAAAUGGGAGUGGGAGGUUGUAAAAAAGGAUAGACUGGAGGGAAGGGCUGGCAGGAAAGAACUGGUGGUAGCUCAGAAGGAAACCUAAAUGUCACUGGUUCUCCUCCCCAAGCUUGAAUACUGACUCAUGAAAGACUCCCCUGUAUCCAAGGGCAUGUGACUUUUCAGAAACUUCUAAAUUUUGGUCUUAAAAAACACAUACUAUAUAUUUGCUAAAAAUAAAAUUUAAAAGCAUGUGACAGCCAUUUCGUCUCCUUCCAAGGAGUGAUAAAAACAAACCAGGUGACACUUCUUUGCAUUUCUGCUUUUGCUUAUUUUUAAUAUAGCUAAAAUAUAUGCACCUAUUUUAAUGAACACUAUGGUUCUGUGCAGUUUCAGCCAUAAGCUGGUGCUGAUUAAUUUCUGCAAAAAAGCACCAUAUUAAAGUACUGUAACUAGUGUUGUAUCAUAAGUAAUAAAAUAAAAUAAAAUAA